CCUUCCUCCCAGCGGAGAGAGGACGCAUCUCCGCGGGCUGGGGGGCUGCAGAGCUCUGCCUGGGAUGGCUUCCUGCCGGGCAUCGACGCACACUGAGCACCUCAUCCUACCGGAUUUAGCCGUUCACUUCACCUGGCUGUCACAGACGCGACGCUCCCGGCGGUGAAGCGGAGAGGUGACGGUAGAAUGGGCCAAAGUCUCUGGUCCCCUCUUUAACCCUGGACAUGUAUCCGACGUCCCGCACACACAAAGGCGAUGAGCUCCAUCAGAAGGAGCUGGUCGGGACCUGUGUGAAGAGGAUGCCACAGCGCCCCCUGUGGGAGCUGCAGUGCCACCACACACUUCUCUCUCUGGAUGAUGGAGGGAGAGCCCUUCACCUCUGCUGUCUCCUCUCUGCUCUACACCUCCGGGGAACACUUCAUCGCCCUCUCCUCCUCCUCCUCCUCCUCCUCCUCGUCCUCAUCAGAUUCGGCCAUCGCUGCCAUGUCCCUGGAGCAGAAGACAACUUUUGCUUUAGUCAUCUUCCUCUUUGUUUUUCUGCUCAUCCUUAUUGUGCGCUGCUUCCGAAUCCUGUUGGACCCCUACCGCAGUAUGCCCACUUCCACCUGGGCUGAAGGCCUCGAUGGUCUGGAGAAGGGCCAGUUCGACUACACUCUGGCAUAGGGGUCUAUUCAAACACACACACACA